CUAAAGAGAGCUUCUCCAAGGCUCAAAGGGUCUUUUCUGUGUGUCCCUCUUCUGUUCAAUCUUGCAUGAUUAGAGUAAGCUUGAAGGCUGUUCUACUUCCAUUACCACCAAGAGAAAGUGGUGGAGGUAAAGAAAAGGGCAGCUAGCUACCAUAAGGAAACUUGAUAGAGAGAAAAAGAACCAUUGUUUGGGUUAUUCAGGAAAAUCAUGACAACACAGAAACAGAUGGUGCUGGUGAAGAACAACUCAGGGCAGCAGCAGCAGCAGCAGCUGGAUGACAAGGAGGACGAGAUGUCUCGAUCUGCAAUCGCGAUGUUUCGCGCGAAAGAGGAGGAGAUCGAGAGGAAGAAGAUGGAGGUUCGAGGCAGGGUUCAGGCUCAGAUGGGUCGUGCUGAAGUGGCUACCAAGCGCUUGGCCGAGAUUCGAGAAGAGCUUGAAGCUUUGGCGGAUCCGUUGAGGAAGGAAGUGUCGAUGGUGAGGAAGAGGAUUGAUGCUGUCAACAAGGAACUCAAGCCAUUGGGCCUUAGUUGCCAGAAGAAGGAAAGGGAAUACAAAGAAGUACUUGAAGCAUUCAAUGAGAAGAACAAGGAGAAGACACAACUGGUUUCCAAGUUGAUGGAGAUGGUGGGUGAAAGUGAGAGAAUGAGGAUGAAGAAGCUGGAAGAGCUGAGCAAAAGCAUAUCGACACUCUCCGCUGAAUGACCAAACAUAUUAUUGCUGACAUGUCAAAUGUUUUCUUUGUUUUGGAUUAACAUUUGUGGUUUUGUUAUCUGCAUCAAUCGUCACCUCCUUCUGAUUUUUUUUUUUUUUGUUUCCAAUUUUUCGUGAACAUGUUGUUGACACCGUCAUGAACCAACCAGGUUUUGGUACUAAUUAAAUGACUAAUUAGGUCACUCAUAUCUAUGUCUGAUUUAGAUUUUUUUAUUUUUUAUUCAAAUGUAAGAUAGAUACCCAUGAUUUGUUUACCCAAUCAAGUCCGGCAAAAUUAUCGAGAAACCAACUAUAUUGUUAUGGCUAACUGACUAAUAUAAACUAUAUAGUUAGCAAUAAAUACAAGUUAUUUAAGGAUUAAUCU